UACCGAACCCGGUGUUAUUGAACUUGAAAGUGAAAGUAAACGCGGAAUUUCGAAUUAGACGAUAUCGGAUACACAAAAAAUUCAAAGAUUUUGAAAAAUGAGACCUAGAUUUAUGAACAUUUUUCGUUUGUGUAGUAGACUUAUUCCACAUAAACAGAUGCCACAUCUUGCCAGAGAACUCCCAUGUUAUGUUAAGAACAUUACAUUUAUUCAUCCAGCAGCACAUUUUUCAACAGGAUCAAUUUUACAGAAUGGUCAGAUGUCCGAGAUGGACUAUCACAUAGUGGCGGAUGAAACCAUGGACUCUCUUACCGAGGCAUUUGAAGAUAUUGGAGAUACUUUGCCAUGUGAUCCUGAAUAUGAUGCUCAGUACUCGAGUGGAGUACUGACUGUUAAAAUCAGCGAGAAAGAUGGUACAUAUGUAAUCAACAAGCAACCCAGUAACCUCCAGAUCUGGCUCUCCUCUCCCAUCAGUGGCCCAUUCCGCUAUGACUUUGAGGACGGAACAUGGGUCUACAAAAGAACAUCUCGGACUCUGCAUGAAUUAUUAUCGGAUGAAGUGUCCAAAGUCUUCAAUACUCCAAUUGACUUUACCAAGUGUUCUUAUGGAUCUCGAAGGAAGAGCUAGCUGCAAUCAAGGACGAACUGCAAACAUUUACAAUAUUGUUUUUUUAUUGUUAUGACUCAGAUAAAAUAUGAUGGAAUCAAACGUAACAAUAAACUGUUAGAGAGUUGUC